CUACGUUUUCGGUCCCGAGCGCUUUUUUGAUCGCGAAGGUAGCACAGUAAUUAGCUACAAAGGUCUCGUUGGGGGCUAAACGCUCUCCCCGGUGUUUCUAUUCUCACUAGAGGGGCUAUCCCUAGGGCUUACUUGAGCCUAGGACUUCUUCAAGCUCAUCGCUCUAAUCCGUGCAGACGGCUGUGUCAGAUCGAAUAUAUGUAUCAUGCGUCCAUCAAUUGUGAGCACUCCAAACCUAUGAUGUACCCCUCAAUCCUCCCUCCAUUCUACAUUAACAGCGCUUCCCCUAUACCAUCUUACAUUUGUCAUGGCUUCAAGCUGCGAAGUCUGUCAAGGUGAGGAUGGGCUGGACUUCUGCACCGGGUGUAAUGACUACUACUGCAAUAAUUGCUGGGGAAAGCGCCGGGCACACCGAGAUGGAAAGCAGCUUGGACCAGGAGGCAUACCUCACGAGCGCGUGAAUCCUGAGAUCGUCAAACGGGUUGAUGCGUGUGUGACAGGGCCAGUAAAUGAGCAAGAGGAGAGAGAACAGCAUGAGGAUGAUCAAGACACAACCUGGUUUGGUCUUGACAGAGACUCAGGCGGCGACCCUGUACUAUCUGAGUACAGACGCUAUGCUUCAAUCAUGAUGACUAGUACCACAGAGAGGUCAACUAUCCAAUACCCGGGACUUGUUUCCUUCGUGGGGCAGACAAAUGCUGGGAAAAGCACUCUUAUUCGCUUGUUGAUUAACCGAGCAAGGCGCCAGGAAAACCUAGCCGGGCUCGCUGCGCCUGUGGUAGGCCGUGGUGAUAGCGAGUUGCCCACCUCCGCUGAUGUACAUUUAUACGCAGAUCCGGAAACAUUCUCGGCUGACCAGCCUAUUCUUUUUGCUGACUGUGAGGGAUUUGAAGGGGGUGAGCGCGAUCCGGUCGCGUCUAGCAGCAGUGAUGUUAAAAGCCAACAAGCUCAGCGCAUCCAACGAAAGGCUCUCCUGUCAAUAAGUGUGGAGUAAGGUACACUCUAACCUCUAACUAUAAGUAUCACCGAUAUUCC